CUCCUGUACUAGAACAAAUUCCUCAUAUGUUCAAACAUACUUGGCAAUAAGACAAGACCUUUCUGAUUCUGAUCCUGAUUCUGAAAUAGGAUCUGAGGAAAUUUGAACAUCCAGAUAAAGUAAGCCCAAAAUCUGUCCAGGCGUCAAGAUGGACAUCGCAGAAUUCCGCAGGCGAGGGAAGGAGAUGGUGGACUAUAUAGCGGAUUACCUGGAGAACAUUGAGAAAAGGAACGUUUACCCUGACGUGGAGCCCGGAUACCUACGACCACUCCUUCCUGAGGUGGCUCCUGAUGAGCCAGAGACGUACGAAGACGUGGUUAAGGACAUCGAGAGGGUCAUCAUGCCUGGGAUCACCCAUUGGCACAGCCCGUAUUUCUAUGCCUACUUCCCCACUGCCAACUCCUUCCCUGCGUUACUGGCAGACAUGCUGUCAGGCGGAAUCGGCUGCAUCGGAUUCUCCUGGGCAUCGAGUCCGGCUUGUACUGAGCUGGAGACGGUCGUGCUCGACUGGCUGGGGAAAAUGCUGAAACUGCCCGAGGAGUUUCUAGCAGGAACAGAUGGCGUAGGAGGCGGUGUGAUUCAGGGAACCGCUAGUGAAGCGACUUUAAUGGCGCUGCUUGCCGCUCGCUCCAGGAUGGUGAAACGGGUUCAAGCCGAUCAUCCUGAGUGGACCGAAGUGCACAUCAUGUCUAAACUAAUAGCCUACACAUCAUGCCAGGCUCAUUCAUCCGUCGAGAGAGCAGGUUUAAUCGCAGGAGUGGAAAUGAAAAAACUUCCCUCUGACAGUAAGUUUGCUGUGAGAGGAGAGACGCUGAGGAAAGUCAUUGAGGAGGACAAAGCAGCAGGUCUCAUUCCCUUCUACUUUUGUGCCACACUGGGAACGACCCCAUCGUGUGCAUUUGACCGCAUCACUGAGCUCGGACCCAUAUGCUGUGCAGACGGCUUAUGGAUGCACAUUGACGCUGCGUACGCAGGAAGUGCGUUUAUCUGUCCUGAGUUCCGACCUCUCCUGGACGGCGUGGAGUUUGCCGACUCCUUCAACUUUAAUGCUCACAAGAUGCUGCUGGUGAACUUCGACUGCUCUGCGAUGUGGGUGAAGAAAAGGGCCGAUAUUAUUGGGGCGUUUAAGAUGGACCCACUUUAUCUGAAACAUGACCACCAAGAGUCAGGAUUAGUGACGGAUUACAGACACUGGCAGAUCCCACUGGGCCGGAGGUUCCGCUCGCUGAAGCUGUGGUUCGUGAUGCGUAUGUACGGACGUUCUGGCCUGCAGCAGCACAUCCGCAAGCAAGUCGCACUGGCUAAGGAGUUUGAGUCUUUGGUGCUGGAAGAUAAACGCUUCGAGAUCUGUGCUGAAGUGGUGCUCGGCCUGGUGUGCUUCAGAUUAAAGGGGUCCAACGACCUGAACGAAGCCCUGCUGAAGAGAAUCAACAUCAGUCGCAGGAUCCAUCUGGUGCCCUGCCACCUGGCGGGGCAGUUCGUGCUGCGCAUGGCCGUGUGCGCUCGCACCACCGAGUCCCGGCACAUUCGCACGGCCUGGACUCUCAUCACUCAACUGGCGUCCGAGCUUCUCCGUGAGAACCAACACUGAGCACCAGGGCACUGAGCACCAGGGCACUGGGCACCAGGGCACUGAGCACCAGGGCACUGGGCACCAGGGCACUGGGCACCAGGGCACAGCGCCAUGCUCGCUAAUCAUUACUGUCUCACAUCCUGCUGCUGCUGCAAUGCUUUCUCUUCUCUCUGUUUGUUUGUUCGGGUGCGUGAGAUCUCUGUGUCUGCAAAGUGAUAUUAUACAGUAAUCUAUUACCAAAUAUAUAUUAAUAACAA